AUGGAUACGGAACCUGCCACAGGCCACCCUCGGCCCGACAUGUGGCAGAUUUCGUGUCCAGUAAGUGACUUUAACAUGUAUUCCACAUGGGGGCGGGUCUCGGCCUGGGUCACGGCCCCAGGGGGCGGGUCUUGGUCCCAGGGGGCGGGUCACGGCCCUAGGGGGCGGGUCUUAGCCCCAGGGGGCGGGUCUUGGUCCCAGGGGGCGGGUCACGGCCUGGGUCUCGGCCCCAGGGGGCGGGUCUCGGCCCCAGGGGGGGGCGGGUCUUGGUCCCAGGGGGCGGGUCUCGGCCCCAGGGGGCGGGUCUUGUUCCCAGGGGGCGGGUCACGGCCUGGGUCUCGGCACCAGGGGGCGGGUCUCGGCCUGGGUUACGGCCCCAGGGGGCGGGUCUUGUCCUCAGGGGGCGGGUCUCGGCCCCAGGGGGCGGGUCUUACCCCAGGGGGCGGGUCUCGGCCCCAGGAGGCGGGACUUAGCCCCAGGGAGUGGGUCUUAGGCCUAGGGGGCGGGCCUCGGCCUGGGUCUCGGCCCCAGGGGGCGGGUCUCGGCCUGGGUCUGGCCCCAGGGGGCGGGUCUCGGCCUGGGUCACUGCCCCAGGGGGCGGGUCUCGGCCUGGGUCACGGCCCCAGGGGGCGGGUCUCGGCCUGGGUCACGGCCCCAGGUGGCGGAUCUCGGCCUGGGUCACGGCCCCAGGUGGCGGGUCUCGGCGAGGAGGCGCUCGAAGGAGGCGGGUAUUGA